AUGAAACUCCUCCUCAGUCUUAUAUCUACAGGAAAUCUGAAUAAUUUCGACGUCGGCCCUUUGCAGCAAAAUUGUACUCGAAAAAAUAUCAUCAACGUCGAUAGACUCUUUAAUACUAAAAUUUUUCAUUAUGGCGAUGUACAAACUUAUUACUCAGAUAUCGAAAUGUGGUAUACUUUAUUACCAAAGUCAAAAGUCCCUUUCUUGUCAAUCAACGCUAUAGACGACCCUAUAGCAUUGUCGAGCGAUAAUAGUAGAAGAAGAAUUACAAACGCAGUUGGAGCUGCAAACAAUGUAAUGUCAAUAUUCACACAAACUGGAGGACAUUUGGGAUGGGUGGGACAAGCUAAAGGAGCUACUGGAUGGGAUGAUGAUAUGGUCUUACAGUACAUAGCUGCGUUGAUUGAUAUAAGAAAGACAAAUAAAGUCGAGGAUCUAUUAUAA